AUGGCGACAAGCUUACGCACAACCACCGCGACGACGGUGCUUCGGCCGCUGAGCUCGGCAUUGCGACCGGCUGCGGGCCGACAAGCGGCGCAACACCUCCCCCGGGUUGCACGACGAUACAAGUCCGGUCCGUACGGAUACACACAAGCCAAGGCGCUGGUGUUCUCCAAGGAGGGCGAGCCCAACGACGUUUUGCAACUACACACACACUCCAUCUCCCCCUCGAUCCCCUCCUCCGCCGUCCUCCUCCGCGCCCUCGCGGCCCCGAUCAACCCGGCCGACAUCAACACCAUCCAGGGCACCUACGGCGCCAAGCCGCCCUUUACGCAACUCAUCGGGACCCCCGAGCCCGCGGCGAUCCCGGGCAACGAGGGCGUCUUUGAGGUCGUGUCCGUGGGGUCCAAGGACUCUGGUCUGGCGAAAGGCGACUGGGUGAUUCCCAGCGCGAGCUCGUUUGGCACGUGGCGCACGCACGCCGUGGCAGAAGCCAAGGACGUGAUGAAGGUGAGCAAGGAAGGGUUGACGCCCACGCAGGUGGCUACGGUGAGCGUGAACCCGUGCACGGCGUACCGCAUCCUGCGGACGUACGGGCCGGGGGAGAUCCGCGCGGGGUCCGACGGCGGGAUGAAGGCGCUGGAUCCGGGCAGCGGGGGGUGGUUUGUACAAAACGGGGCGAAUAGCGGCGUCGGGAGGGCGGCGAUUCAGCUGGGCAAGCUGUGGGGUUUGCGGAGCAUCAAUGUGGUUCGGGAGCGGGAGACGGCGGCGGAGACGGAGGCGUUGAAGGCCGAGUUGACGGGGUUGGGCGCCACGGUCGUGGUGACGGAGAAGGAGUUUUUGGCGAGGGAGUGGCGGGAUCGGCUUGCGGAGCUGACGCGCGGCGGGCGGGAGAGCGUCGGGCUGGGGUUGAAUUGUGUCGGGGGCAAGUCGGCGACGGCGGUGGCGCGGAGUUUGGGGGAGAGCGGGACGAUGGUUUCGUACGGGGGCAUGGCGAGGCAGCCGGUGAUGCUGCCGACGGGGUUGCUCAUCUUCAAGGACGUGAGGUUUGUUGGGUUCUGGCUGAGCAAGUGGAACGAGAGGGACCCGACGGGCCGGCGGUUCGCGAUCGAGGAUGUGUUGGGGAUGAUUCGGGAGGGCAGGUUCAGGGACGUGCCGGUCGAGGAGGUCGGGUGGAGCUGGGGUACGGAGGAGGGGCAGUUGAGGGAGGCUGUUCAGGGGGCGCUUGCCACGAUAUUAGCUGCCUACGAGGCCUGCAAGAAUGGAGGACUCAAGUUCAACACGAUGCUGGCAAACAUCGAGAUGGAGCAGAGAAGGAUGGCAAUAGAUCUCACUUAUACAGUCACUCUGGGAGCGCCUACUGGACUAAUUCAUGCUGAUAUCAAGUCCCUCAAACGACUUGGAAACGAGGCGGAGCGUCUUGAGCAAGAGGACAAGUUCAAGCGCCAGAAGCCCUCAUGGGAUGCCGUCACGAGCAUGUAA